AUGCCCGUCGCCGAGGUCUGGCAAGACCGAGAAAUUCGAUUCGACGCGCCCAUCUCGCAGCUCGCGCUUCGCGCCGGAGAGGCAGCGGCGGACUCGAAAGUGCCGAUCGAUGCUGCUGGAAACGUCGAAGACACCAAGGGCAAUAGCGGCGAGCUGGGCACCUUGACGGUCUCCAACCUGCGGCUGACGUGGCACGCCGCAAUUGGGCAGGCACGCGUAAACCUGUCGAUCGGAUGGGCGUGCGUGGUAUCAAUCGACCUGCGAGAUGCGCAGUCGCAGCUGCAUGGCAAGCGCCAGGCAAUGUACGUGAUGACCAAGUUCAACACGUCCCGUUUUGAAUUCGUUUUUGCCACAGACGACGAGAGCCUCUUUGCGUCUGCCGUGUACCGAGCGUACGACACCUCGCGGCUCUUCCGCGACCUGAAGCUGCGCGGAGCGAUCAUCAAGAGUCAAAGGCUGCUUCUCCUUCCGGGCGAAAUCAUGGUGAAUCGUGUCGCCGGCGUGUGGAACCUCUCCUCGGAUCAGGGCGAGACACCCGCCGUACCGGGCAGGAGGCCCGAGUGGACAAGUUUUACAGCCACGACGGCCGUGCCCUCAGGGAACCUGGGCACCUUCUUCUUGACGAACGUGCGGCUCGUGUGGCACGCAGACGCGGCAGAGAGCUUCAAUGUCUCCAUCCCAUACAUGCAGGCGGGAUCGUGCCUCCGCCGCUCGGCAGGAUCUAGAGGCACAGACGCCCCGUGCGGCGGCUACGUACUGGGAUUUCGUAUGGAUCCAGCAGAGCACAUGAAGACGGUCUUCAAGGAGCUCUCUUCGAUGCAUGCUAUUUAUUCGCGCGAGCCCAUCUUCGGCGUCGAUGUCAACGUGCAGCAAGGCCGCCAGAGGCAUCUUGAUCCCGGGGCCGACAGCGCGGCGGACGACGAACGCUUCGAACAGCGCACGUGCCGUGAGCGGUGA